GCGGGUGCGCCCCGACGGAGCCCUGGUGCAGGGGCGGAGGCUGCGGUGCAUCGUCCGCGCGCGGAGACGACGAGCGGCGCGCUGCAGCCAGCAGCAGUGAUCGAGGAGACACGUCGCCGCGGGGACGGACUGCAGCAGAGCUAUGCACACUGCGAAUGCUGCACUCACCGGUUGCACCACCACCGCCAUGGACCAGUUCGCCGACGAAUACCUUCCGCAGCAUCCGUACGCCGCGGCCGCCGCCACCGCAUCCGACUAUCACUGCGGCAGCAAUCCCUCCGAGUGCGAACCUGCCGCCGCUGCAUAUCCACACCACCAUCACGUGCACCACAAGGACGGCGGCGAGUACUUCGCGGAACCUUAUUACUACGACGCGACAGCCGCCGCCGCUGCCACCGGUUAUUGCGGUGGUUACGGUGGUCCACACGACGCAUACGGCAACAACAAUUGGUCAUCGUCGCCACAGGAAUAUCCGUCGUCCGGCGCUGACGUGGUCGUCGACGGGGCGCAAUGGUACUGGACGCAGUCAGACGUCAGCGGACCGCCGCAACUGACGUCGCUGACGCUGCAUCCGCCGCCACCGCCGCCACCGUCUCUAUCGUUGGCUCCGGAACUGGCCGGUUUCUGCGACGUCGAUGACUACCGGUCCACCGGACAUAACUUGUUACAGUUUCAGUCCGGUCGCGAUACUACCGAUCAAACCGCCUGCAGCACAGCAGUCGCCACUACUGCCGACCAAUUCUUCAAAUCAACUUUGAAUGAUAAACCAAUAGUAAACAGAUCUGACCAAAAAAAAUCUACGAGUAAAACAUCAACGAAUCAAAGACAAAGAGCUAAACGGAAACCUAGAGUACUAUUUUCUCAGGAUGUAAUAUCAGAAUUAGAACACCGGUUCAAUCAACAGCGUUACUUAUCGGCUACAGAGCGAGAAACAAUGGCAUUAAGAUUAAGGUUGACACCAACCCAAGUGAAAAUAUGGUUUCAAAAUCGGCGUUAUAAAAGUAAAAAGUUAAUAACAUCAGACUGUACAACAUCAGAAAACAAUAAAAAGCCUCCCAGAAGACAAUUUCCAGUAAUAAAACAAUGUUAUACGGAGUUAACAAGUUUGAUAACAAACAAUAAUCAUAACUUCAAUCAUAACAACAAAUAUUUCAACAUUUAACCACAUUUUCACCGACAAUCAGUCAUCAUAAAAAAAUGCAUUCAAUAAAUAGAUAUUUAAUAUGUAAACAUUAAUUUGUUCUAUGUAUGUUGUCAAUAGUAUUACUAUUAGUUAUUACUUUGAAU